GCAGCAGGAGGAGCAGGAGGAAGAGGAGGAGGAGGAGGACCAGAGCCUGCUGGGAUUCAGCUGCCCUGGAUACAUGUCCAGCAGACAAACCUGGUGCCCGCAGUAGCAGAGCUGUUCCCCAGAGUCAAUGCAGAAGAUGAGUGGACCCUCUCAGGACAAUAAGUCAACUGACAUGGGAAGUAACCUGGUUGAGGAUGAGCACAAAGAGAGGGGUGUUGGUGGGAGCAGCUUCAUAGCUGGAGUCUUCCUCCAGUCCAUGAGUAAGAAGAUGAGUAUCUAUGAUGCCAUGAUAAGGGGGCUGCUGACACCUGGCACAGCCCUGGUGCUGCUGGAGGCACAGGCUGCUUCAGGGCUCCUCACUGACCCCGUGAGGAACCAGAAGCUGUCGGUGGAAGAGGCGUUGAUGGAGGGACUCAUCGGCAGUGACUUCUAUGAGAAGCUGCUGUCGGCCGAGGGAGCUGUCACCGGCUACACGGAGCCUUACACAGGUGAUCGCAUCUCCCUGUUCCAGGCCAUGCAGAAGGAGCUCAUCGUGAAGGAGCAUGCUGUCCGUCUGCUCGAGGCCCAGAUCGCCACCGGCGGCAUCAUUGACCCCAUGCACAACAACCGCAUCUCGGUGGAAGCAGCCCAUGAGUGUGGGUACCUUGACCAGGAGAUGUGUCAGUUCCUUUCUAACCCCAAGAACCAAACAAGAAGCUGCUUUGACCCCAACACCCACGAGAACCUCACCUACACACAGCUCCUGCGCCGCUGCCUGCCCGACCCGGACACGGGGCUGCUGAUGCUCCAUGUGAUGGACAAGGGCUCUGUGGUCCAUCAGCUCAGCAGAGAUGCUCGGAAAGCCCUUCAGGCCACCCGCACUACAGUCAGUGUGGGGCUGUUCCAGGGGCAGAGCAUCACCCUCUGGGAGCUGCUGUUCUCCCGGUACGUGCCCGAGCAGCAGAGAGAGGAGCUGCUGAGGAAGUACAAGUCAGGGACAGUCACCAUCCCAGAGAUGAGCACCCUCCUCACCACCAGCAUCACUGGGGCAGGAAGGAACAAUGAGCAUCUGAGCUCAUCCACAGUUACAGCCAACAACAAGGUGGGAGCAUCACACCCAUCACAACCAGCUCAGGACAUGCACUCCCAAGAGCAACAGCUGAGAAAGUCCCUCAAGUCUGCAACCGUCUAUGUCACUGCUGGUGAAUUCCAGGGGCAAAAGGUUUCCUUGCUGGAUCUGCUCUUUUCCAGACAUAUCCCACAAGGGAGGCGGCAGGAGCUGCUGGAGCUGUACAGAGCAGGGAUACUGACCACAGAACAAGUGGCCAUGGUGGUCACCACCAUCAUAAACAGAACUGCAGCUGCUAAUGCCACACUUAGGGCCGGUGCCAGAGGUCCACACAGGGCAGUGACAAAAGCAGAGGAGGAUGGAGGUGAUUCUUCAACACAAUAUGAACAACUAGAUAACACCUUGAAGUCCACCACCAUUGAUGUGCUAGCUGGUGAGCUGCAGGGGAGGCAGGUGUCUGUGUGGGACCUGCUUUUCUCUGAUUACAUCCCUGAGGAGAAAAGGCAGGAGCUGCUGGAGCUGUACCAUGACAGGCUGUUAACUCUGGAGCAGAUGAUAACUGUUGUCACCACUGUCAUCAAGAAAAAGGAAUCUACAGGCAGGAAAUUCCAUGUUGCAGCCAAGGCUUCCAACAAGGACACAGCAACAGCAGCAGAAGAGAAGGAUGGUGACUCCACCAAAGAACCAUCGGAAACAGCCUUGAAAACCACAGUCGUUGACUUGGGUGUUGGCCAGUACCGAGGCCACAAGGUCUCAGUGUGGGACUUGCUGCACUCCAAGUACAUCCCCGAGGAGAACAGGAAGGAGCUCCUGGAGCUGUACCAGGCUGGAGAGUUAACCCUUGACCAGGUGAAGAUGGUGGUGAGCACCAUAGUGUCAAAGGCAGAAGCAGCGAGGGUGAAGGAGAACAGUCCCAGGGCAGAGUCAACAGGAGCUGAACACACUGAGCUGCAGGAGGACGGGGCCUGGGAAGAGACCCUGAGGACCACCACAGUCGAGGUGUCAGCAGGUGAUUUCGAGGGGGGACAGGUCUCGGUGUGGGACCUGCUCUUCUCUGAUUAUAUCCCUGAGGAGAAAAGACAGGAGCUGCUGGAGCUGUACCGCGACAGGACACUGCCCUUGGAGCAGUUAAUAGCUGUUGUCACCACACUCAUCAAGAAAAAGGCAUCUACAGGCAGGAAAUUCAAUGUCACAGCCAAGGCUUCCAACAAGGACACAGUGACAGCAGCAGAAGAGAAGGAUGGUGACUCCACCAAAGAAGAACCAUCGGAAACAGCCUUGAAAACCACAGUCGUUGACUUGGGUGUUGGCCAGUACCGAGGCCACAAGGUCUCAGUGUGGGACUUGCUGCACUCCAAGUAUAUCCCUGAGGAGAACAGGAAGGAGCUCCUGGAGCUGUACCAGGCUGGAGAGUUAACCCUUGAUCAGGUGAAAACCGUGGUGAGCACCAUAGUGUCAAAGGCAGAAGCAGCGAGGGUGAAGGAGAACAGUCCUAGGGCAGAGUCAGCAGGAGCUGAACACACUGAGCUGCAGGAGGACAGGGCCUGGGAAGAGACCCUGAGGACCACCACAGUCGAGGUGUCAGUGGGUGACUUUGAGCAGGGACAGGUCUCUGUGUGGGACCUGCUCUUCUCCAACAGCAUCCCUGAGGAGAAAAGACAGGAGCUGCUGGAGCUGUACCGCGGCAGGACACUGCCCUUGGAGCAGUUAAUAGCUGUUGUCACCACACUCAUCAAGAAAAAGGAAUCUACAGGCAGGAAAUUCCAUGUUGCAGCCAAGGCUUCCAACAAGGACACGGUGACAGCAGCAGGAGAGGAGGAUGGUGACUCCACCAAAGAAGAACCAUCGGAAACAGCCUUGAAAACCACAGUCGUUGACUUGGGUGUUGGCCAGUACCGAGGCCACAAGGUCUCAGUGUGGGACUUGCUGCACUCCAAGUACAUCCCCGAGGAGAACAGGAAGGAGCUCCUGGAGCUGUACCAGGCAGGAGAGUUAACCCUUGAUCAGGUGAAGACCGUGGUGAGCACCAUAGUGUCAAAGGCAGAAGCAGCGAGGGUGAAAGAGAACAGUCCCAGGGCAGAGUCAACGGUUGUAGGAGCUGAACACACUGAGCUGCUGGAGCUGUACCGUGCUGGGACAGUCACCAUGCAGGACCUGUUGAGCGCUGCCGGCAGCAUGGAGACAGGCAGCAAGGAAGGUCAUCUCCUAACCCUUCCCCAGCAGACAGUGGAGCUCCUGCAGUCUGAGGGCUCCUACAUCACCUAUGGGCCGCUCCAGGAGCAGAGGGUUUCCGUGUGGGACCUCCUCUCCUCCAAGCAAGUCUCCGAGUACAAGCGAGAGGCACAUCUUGACAGUUACGGUACAGGCGGACUGACGGUGAACAAGAUCACCAUCACCACGACUGUCACCACAGGCCCUCAGCUCCAGGAGAGACACUGCCAGGACCACUGACACAGCCCCAGAGGAGGCACAGGCUUCAGCCCCAAGGCUUCCUCCCAUAUAACUCAGUGAUGGGCAUGAAGAGGUGACAGGUCUGUGUGUGGACGGGGCUGACACCCAGUUAAACUUGCUGGUGUCCCAAC